GGUAACCACGGCAAAGGAUCGGUAUUCCUAUUUCCAACUGGAAACGGAGGUUUGGAGGGUGAUAAUUGUGGCGCUGACGGUAUUGUUAACCACCCGAGUGUCAUCGGUGUGAGCGCCCUGAGCGAGAAUGGAUUGUCUCCAUCCUACGGCGAGGCGUGUGCUGCUGUCGCUGUGGCAGUUCCUGUUGGUGGCGCUGAAGACGAAUUCACCUUCAGGGCUCAAUUGAAUGGUCGCCGUCUUUUCGCGCCAACGACAAAAAUUAACAAUAUGUGUACAACGAGUUUCGUUGGAACCUCAGCAUCUAAUCCAAUGGCGGCCGGUAUUGUUGCGUUGGCUAUGGAAGCAAACCCGAAUCUCCAACCUCGAGACGUGAGCGCUAUUAUUGCUCUAAGUGGACGAAUCCCUACAGCCAGCGCAACAGGCAUUUAUAUCAAUGGAGGUGGUUAUUUGGUAAGCCAUAUAUAUGGAAGUGGUCUUCUGAAUACAGUUCGGGUGAUUAACUUGGCAAAAACGUGGAUUCCUUUAGGACCAAGAAGAAUGUGCAUUAAGUACAAAGGAGGGUGGACUGGCUCACGAAAUAGCUUGCUAUGGAGACGGUCCCUUCUAAAGUUGUAUCCUCAUAAAACGGCGCGUUUCACCUUCUCAUUCACUCCUGACAAUUGCGAUGUGGAGGUAAUUGAAGUGGUGCGAGUUGGAAUGCAAUGGCUUUCUGAACAUCGAGGAUCUUUAGAGGUCAAACUCACGUCUCCAAGUGGCCAGAAAGCAUAUUUGCUCUAUCCUCGAAUUAAAGAUCACUUUAAGGGAAAGUCGGAGAUGAUCUGGAAAAGUGUGAUGCACACUGGUGAAAGCAGUUACGGAAGUUGGACAAUUUCAGUUCGUGAUACAGGUAGGCGUGGAAACAGAACCAGAAGGUCCUCUUCACUUCGCGCCAGCGGAGGAAUAUUUUUCAUUGGAAUUGAACUUCACGGUACUCUGCGAAAUGAAAGUGCCUUUCAGCAAAAUAAUGCAAAUAUUAUCAAACACUGGCAUCCUGAUAGACUAGCUGCUUAUAAGGCAAACGUGGCUGUUACCUUGAAUACAGCGAUGAUUGCAGAGCUGUACGAUCGUGAUCGAUGGGAUGCACUUUUUGAAAAAGUUGAGCAGUAA